UACUACAACAACUGUAGCUCCUACUACAACAACUGUAGCUCCUACUACAACAACUGUAGCUCCUUCGACAACAACUGGAGCUUCAACGACAACCAAUGCAGCUCUUCCUACAACUGUAAGUCCUACGACCACUACACCAGCAACCACAACUACAGCACCUUCUACGACAGCCACUGCAGCUCCGACCCCCACAACUGCAGAACCUACAACGACAACUGUAGCUCCUACGACCACUACACCACCUACUUCGACAACCGCUGCAGCAUCUGCUAAAAUAACUACAACUGACGCUUCUACGACAACAUCUUUAGCGCCUAUGACCACUACAACGGCAGCACCUACUUCAACAACUACAACUGAAGCUCCUACGAUAACCACAACUGCAGCACCUACUUCAACAACUACAACUGAAGCUCCUACGAUAACCACAACUGCAGCACCUACUACGACAACUACAACUGAAGCUGCUACAACAACUGUAGCUCCUACGACCACCACAACUGCAGCUCCAACUACGACAACUACAACACCUACUACGACAACCACAGCACCUACUACGACAACCACAACUGUACCUCCUUCGACAACCACAACUCCAACUACAACAACUGUAGCUCCAAUGACCCCCACAACUGCAGCACCUACAACUACAACUGCAGCACCUACUUCAACAACCACGACUUCAGCACCUACUACAACAACUACAACACCUACUACGACAACCACAACACCUACUAUGACAACCACAACUGUAGCUCCUACGACAACCACAACUGCAGCUCCAACUACAACAACUGUAGCUCGUACGACCACCACAACUGCAGCACCUACUACGACAACCACAACCGAAGCUGCUACGACAACCACGACUUCAGCGCCUACUACAGCACCUACAUUACCUACUACGACAACCACAACACCUUCUACGACAACAACAACUGCAGCUCCAACUACCACAACUGUACCUCCUACGACCCCCACAACUGCAGCAACUACAACGACAACUGUAGCUCCUACGACCACAACUGCAGCACCUACUUCAACAACUACAACUGCAGCACCUACUACGACAACUACAACCGAAACUGCUACAACAACCACGACUUCAGCACCUACUACAACAACUACAACACCUACUACGACAACCACAACACCUACUACGACAACCACAACACCUACUAUGACCACCUACUUCAACAGCUACAACUGCAGCACCUACUACGACAACUACAACCGAAACUGCUACAACAACCACGACUUCAGCACCUACUACGACAACUACAACACCUACCACGACAACCACGACACCUACUAUGACAACCACAACUGUAGCUCCUACGACAACCACAACUGCAGCUCCAACUACAACAGUAGCUCCUAUGACCACCACAACUGCAUCACCUACUACGACAACCACAACACCUACUACAACAACCACAGCAUCUACUAUGACAACCAUAACUCUCCUCUCCUACGACCCCCACAACUGCAGAACCUACAACAACUAACUGCAGCACCUACAACAACAACUGUAGCUCCAACGACCACAACUACACCACCUACUUCAACAACCGCUGCAGCAUCUGCUAAAAUAACUACAACUGAUACUCAUACAACCACAUCUGUAGCUCCUGUGACCACUACAACUGCAGCACCUACUUCAACAACUACAACUGAAGCUCCUACGAUAACCACAACUGCAGCACCUACUACGACAACUACAACCGAAGCUGCAACGACAACCACGACUUCAGCACCUACGACAGCUACAACACCUACUACGACAACCACAACACCUACUACGACAACCACAACACCUACUACGGCAACCACAACUGUACCUUCUACGACAACCCCAACUGUACCUCCUACGACAACCACAACUGUACCUCCUACGACAACCACAACUGUACCUCCUACGACAACCACAACUGCAUCUCCAACUACAACAACUGUAGCUGCUACGACCCCCACAACUGCAGCACCUACAACGACAACUGUAGCUCCUACGACCACAACUGCAGCACCUACUUCAACAACUACAACUGCAACACCUCCUACGACAACCACAACUGCAUCUCCAACUACAACAACUGUAGCUCCUACGACCCCCACAACUGCAGCACCUACAACAACUGUAGCUCCUACGACCACAACUGCAGCACCUACUACGACAACUACAACCGAAACUGCUACAACACCCACGACUACAGCACCUACUACAACAACUACAACACCUACUACGACAACCACAACACCUACUAUGACAACCACAACUGUAGCUCCUAUGACAACCACAACUGCAGCUCCAACUACAACAACUGUAGCUCCUAUGACCCCCACAACUGCAGCACCUACAACGACAACCACAACCGAAGCUGCUACGACAACCAAGACUUCAGCGCCUACUACGACAACUACAACACCUACAUUACCUACUACGACAACCACAACACCUACUACGACAACCACAACUACAGGUCCAACUACAACAACUGUAGCUCCUACGACCACCACAACACCUACUACGACAACCACAACACCUACUACGACAACCACAACACCUACUACGGCAACCACAACACCUACUACGGCAACCACAACACCUACAACGACAACCACAACACCUACAACGCUAACCACAACACCUACUACGGCAACCACAACACCUACAACGACAACC